AACUUGCCGGAGAAGGUGAGAUUGAGGAAUUAAGAAAGAACAGUUCUUUGACAAAAAAAAAAAAGAAAGAACAGUUCUUCUUCUUCUCCUUCUCCCUUCAACUUCAACUCUUCAAAGAUUCUUUGAGGGAGAGGAAGUAGAAGAAGAAGAUCCAUUUAACAUCAUCAUCUUUUCGUUUCUCUCUCCACCUAUUUUCGAUGGGGGAGAGCGAAGAGAAGAACGGGAUUCUUGAUUCCAUGCCCGUCUUCGCUAAGGAGCUUAUUGCCGGCGGCGUCACCGGCGGUAUAGCUAAAACCGCCGUAGCUCCACUCGAACGAAUAAAGAUUCUUUUCCAGACAAGAAGGGACGAGUUUAAACGCAUAGGACUCAUGGGAUCCAUCAACAAGAUUGGCAAAACUGAAGGUUUAAUGGGUUUCUAUCGUGGGAAUGGUGCAAGUGUUGCUCGGAUAGUUCCCUACGCUGCUCUUCAUUACAUGGCUUACGAGGAAUACAGGAGAUGGAUCAUCUUCGGUUUCCCUGAAACUACUCGUGGACCAUUGCUUGAUCUCGUUGCUGGAUCAUUCGCUGGUGGCACUGCCGUUCUCUUCACUUACCCUCUUGACCUUGUUCGGACAAAGCUCGCUUAUCAGGUUGUUGGUUCAGCAAAAGCACAAGCCAAAGCUGUUACUAUCCCCAUGGAACAAAUCGUGUACAGAGGAAUCACCGAUUGUUUCUCGAGGACAUACAGAGAAUCUGGAUUCCGUGGCCUAUAUCGUGGUGUAGCUCCUUCUAUGUAUGGGAUCUUCCCUUACGCUGGUUUGAAGUUCUACUUCUACGAGGAGAUGAAACGCCACGUCCCUGCAGAGCAUAAGAAAGACAUUUCCUUGAAACUCGUUUGUGGAUCGGUCGCUGGAUUGCUUGGUCAGACGUUAACGUACCCUCUCGAUGUUGUCAGGAGACAGAUGCAGGUUGAGAGACUAUACGCAGCGGCAAAGGAAGAAACGGUACGAAGAGGGACAAUGCAGACGCUUGUCAAGAUUGCUAGAGAAGAAGGUUGGAAGCAGCUCUUCUCGGGGCUUAGCAUCAAUUACCUUAAGGUUGUACCAUCAGUGGCAAUUGGAUUCACGGUUUAUGAUGUUAUGAAGCUGCACUUGAGAGUCCCUUCACGAGAGGAAACAGAGGCAGAAGAUAGGACCACACGGAAAAGAAACACUUUAAGCUGAUUCUAAGAUCAUCAUCCAUGAUCUGAUUCUUUGUGGUGCUUAAUAACCACAGAUUAUUAGUUGGAAGUGUGUACAUUCCAUUUUUUUCGUAGAGGGAAGUUAAAGCUAUGUUCCUCCAAAUAAACAGUGUUAAAAUUCCAUUUGAAAACGAUAUGAAUCAUAUAAUGUAAAUAUGUAAUUUGCUUUAUAGCCUUUAUGGAAACUAAGAGAGACUCGAUGUAAUGAUGAAUAACAAAGAAGCUGCUUCUUAUUUA